GAUCAUUUAUGAAUCAAAUGCGUUUGAAAUAGAAAAUAUGAAAGUUUUCCCGUUGUUUGACACACCGCAUUUGUUAAAGGGAGUUCGCAAUAAUUUAUUAAAAAAAGAUGCAGAGUUUUUGCAAAAUGGAGAAACAAAAUGUGCUAAAUGGGAACAUUUAAAGCUUUUACUUGAUAUUGAUGAUGGAGAUGAUGAAAUAAGGCUACUGAAUAAGCUUACAGAAAUGCAUAUCAUCAAAGACAAAAUACCAAAAAUGAAAGUGAAAUAUGCUGCACAAGUUUUCAGUCAGAGGGUGUCAAGUGCAAUGAGAUUUCUAGCAAGACAUAAUGUGCUUCCAGAAGAAUGCAAGGGGACUGCAGAUUUUCUUUUAAUUUUUGAUAAAUUGUUUGACACAUUUAAUGGUCAUUCCUACAAAUUGUCAGAAAAGCAGUACAAGCAAUGCUUAAAAAAUAACUCCCCUCACUUCAAACUGUGGGAUGAUUUGAUUCCGAUUUUAGAAUCAAUUAAAUUCAAAUCAGUAGUUAGAAAAAAUGGACAUGAAUCAAUAAAGUAUGAAUCAAUUCCUUCUGUUAAAAAUUGGGUAAAAAAUAUAAAAACGUUCAAAGAAUUAUGGAAUUAUUUGAGUACUGAGCAUGAUAUCAAAAGUUUAACAACCCGAAGUUUUAAUCAGGAUCCUUUAGAAAAUUUCUUUAGUGGUAUUAGAAGUAAUGGAAUUAGAAAUGUAAAUCCUUCCUGCAAUCAAUUUUGUAAUGCAUUUAAAACACUGAUAAUUAAUAAUUUUAACUCAUCACACUCACCGCGAGCCAAUUGUGAAAAUGAUGAUAAUAAUGCAUUCAAAUCAAUGGCGAAUCUAUUAAAUGAUAAAAAAUGUAUUGAUUCAAAUAAUGAUGAUUUUGCAUGUGAUAUUGAUGGCUUAUUGAAUGUGAUGGGUCAAAUAAAAAAUAAUGAUAAACUGGUGUAUGCCGAGGCAAAAAAGUAUGUUAUUGGGUAUGUGAUUAAGAAAUGCAAAACAAAGAUUUUUAGGAAUUGCAAAUAUUGCAUGCAUGAUUUAUGUAGAUCAGAAGUUGAUUUGCAAUCUUUUAAUUACGAAGUUGAUUAUACCAAAAAAUCUUUAUUUCACCCAAGUGUAAACUUCAUUAGUUUAAUGACAGAUAUUUUUUAUAUAACUGUUGCAUGUUUACGUGAUUGUCCUGAAUCAAAAUUUAUAAAGAAAAAAAUAAAGCUGAUGUUGAAUUGUGCAUGUAAUUAUCAAAUUAUUUCGUGUAAAAAACAUAAAGGUGAAUUGAUUGAUUUAAUUAAUAAUCUCUCUAUUAAUUUAAUUAUUCACAGUUGGUGUAAGGGGGUAAAUAGAAUAAUAAACGGAAAGCUAUCAAAAUUUGAUAAGAAUGACCAGGUUAAACAACAGGCUUUAGAGUUUUAUUUAAAAAGAAGAAAAUCAUAAAUAUCAAUUAUCAACAAAUAAUAAUUGAGUCGGGCUUUAGAGUUUAUUUAAAAGAAAUGUAAAAAGUACUUAAAUUAUAGUUGAUCCAUUAAAUAAAACCUGUUAUUUAUGAUUUUGCUAAAAACUGUCGUUUUUAAGACUACUCCAAUACUCUGUGACCAAACAUUGGUUUCUUUAGUGAUGUAUAUGGUAUAAAGAAUUAUGGUAUUUGAAGCAAUAAAUGUUUUUAAAUUAAUA